UCUGUUCAGAGCGUGGAGGAAAUGGCAGCCACUAUUUCUAUUGAGCAAGACCAGUUUUGUUGUUCAGUGUGCUUGGAGGUUUUAAGAGACCCGGUGACGAUCCCCUGUGGACACAGUUACUGUUUGGACUGCAUUGAAGACUACUGGAACAGGCCCAAGCAGAAAGGCCAGUACAGCUGUCCACAGUGCAGGCAGGUGUUUAACCCCAGACCUCUGCUGAGCAGGAACACAGUUCUGGCAGAGCUGGUGGAGAAGUUUCAGCAGUCUGGAUUUCAACCUGCAGCUCAACACUUGGCCAAACCAGAGGAAGUGAAAUGCAGUGUUUGCACUGUGAGGAAAAGCAAAGCUGUUAAAUCCUGCCUUGUGUGCUCCGAGUCUUACUGUGGGGCUCACUCCAGAGUCCAUGAAGAACGCUUUCGUGGCAAGGCCCAUAAGCUGGUCCCAGCUGUAGAGGAGCUGAGAGAGAAGCUGUGCCCACAUCAUGAGAAAUCACUGAGGCUGUAUUGUCGCACCGACCAGCAGUGUGUGUGUUCCCAGUGUGUGAAAGACAGACACAAGGGCCAUGACACAGUGUCAGUGGUGGAGGAGAGAGCAACACAACAGAAAAAACUCCAAGAAUCCUCUUUGAAGUCUGUGCAGAAGCUGAAGGAUGCCGAGAAGGAACUCCGAUAUGUUGUCAGAUAUAUCAAGCAUUCUACAGAGGCAGCAGUGGAGGAGAGCGAGAGGGUUUUCUCCAAGCUGAUCCGCUCCAUAGAGAAACAAAGCAGUGAGGUGAAGGAGGUGAUGAGAGUCCAGGAGAGAGCGGCUGUCAGUCAGGCCGAGGAGCUGCUGGAGAAGGUACAGAGAGAGAUCCUGGAGCUCAGGAGGAGCGACGCUGAGCUGGAGAAGAUUUCUCACACUGAGGACCACGUCCACUUUCUUCAGAAGAGCAAGUCUCUUCAUUUCCAUACAAAGAGUGUGGAGAUGCCCAGCACUGACGCACUUCAAUAUUUGAUGUACAAAACCUUGAGAGGAGCCCUGGUUGAUCUCAAAGACAGUCUGGAUGACACACUUGAAAGAGAAUUCAGCAGAAUCUCUGAUAAAGUAAUUUCACUGAAGGAAACCAGCAAUCAUAAAACCUCUGAAAAGACUAAAGUAUCAAAAGACACUGAAAUACCAUACGACUCAGAACCCAAGAUGAGAGCUGAUUUUCUGCAUUAUUACAAUGAUAUAAGUCUGGACCCAAACACAGCCAACCCUUAUCUGUGCUUCUCUGAUGGUCGAAGAGGGGUGACCACACGCUUAGAGCCACAGCCCUACCCUGACCACCCACAUCGCUUCACCAGCUGGGCCCAGGUGCUGUGCAAAGCUGGAAUGGCUGGACGUUGCUACUGGGAGGUGGAGUGGGCUGGUAAUGGAGGGGUUUCCAUUGGUGUCUGCUACAAAAACAUGGGCAGGAGUGGAGAAGGGAGUGACUGCAAGCUUGGACACAACUCCAAAUCCUGGAGCCUGGACUGCUCUUACUCAGACUGCUCAUUUCAGCACAACAAGGAGAGAGUGAGCAUCACCACACCUUGCUGCAGCAGGAUAGGAGUGUAUCUGGACUUCAGGGGUGGGACUUUGUCUUUCUAUAAUGUUUCUGAUACAAUGGUUUUGCUCCAUAAAGUCAAGGCUACAUUCACCCAGCCGGUAUACCCAGGAUUUUGGGUGGGUUUGAGCUCUUCUUUGAGGCUGUGCUCUCCUUAAUUGUAAAGAUGACUAUACUCCAUUAAGCAUAGCA